UCAACUGUGCGGCGAACCGGCAGGCUAAUAUGGUUGCAGCAUUAGGCACUACAGAUCCAUCCUUUCUGAGAAUAGGUUCUCUGAGUGGUGUUGGACAUUUGCAGUCAUUGACUGGUUCUCAACAGUUUCAUAACAGUACUUUCAGACCCUUUGGACCUGGUGGAAUGGCUGGUAGAUUGAACACUUCUGUUGGUGUGAAUGUGCAUGAAACUCUUCAGUUGGGUCAUGCACAAAAUUUUCACAAAUCUAUGCAUGAUCCAUUCAAGUUUCAACCUGCUAUAACUGGUGGCAAUCAGAAUAAUGGUAUUCAGGGAGUGCCAUUGUCCACUGCUCUUGAUCAAUUUCAACAUAAUAAGGGUGUUGGUAUUGCUGUUAGUCCGAUUCAAAGCAUUUCCCCUUUUAUUGAUGUUCAACCAAAAUUUUCAGUGCCAAAUAAACUCCCAGAUCUGAUACCAACAUCAACAGUAGGUUGCUCAGCCUCUCCUGUUUUGGACGUAUCAAACAAUGCUUUGGUAUUGAAAGCUGAUAGUGAAAACACACAAGGGGGUGGAGUGUUGUUUGGUCAACCUUCAUUAGCCUCUCAGAAUUCUCAAUUCUCACUCCCUUUGCUGGAUCAUGGUAGGUGCAGUGAUAUUUGGUCAAAUACUGUUCAGUCAUCAGGGACAAAUUCUUACCCUGCAGGUGAAACUUUUCGAGUGAGGAAUCUGAGUGGUGCUUCAUCCAUUACUUCACUGUCUAAUCCAUCCCAUUAUUCACUACAAGGAGUUCUUAUUCCAAAUAAUUCUGGACAAAUUACCAAUAGUGUGGUGCCAUUUCAAGGGUGGGAUGACAACAAUGAUGAUAGUACUUUCCCUUCAAAUAUUUUUUGUAACUCAAUGGACUCUCUGAUGGAUACUGAUGGCAACACUUCUUUCAACUCAAUCUACAACAGAAACACAGAAUUCAGUUUCUUUGAUCCCUUACUGAUGAAACCUGAUGGAGUUACGGGAUUGAGUGAAGAAAACACAUUGAAACAACAACAGGGAUACAUCAUGAACCAUACCAAGUCUCAAAGCAAUAGUGCCGCUAAUAAUCUUGGUUCCGUGGAAGAAUUUGUCAGUUCAAUGAUGAAACAGAAACAAGACAAUGUGAAAUUAUUGGAAGGAUACUUAUGCGACAACAAUCUCUCUGACGGGACAUCCAUUUGACACUAUGUUUGGCAGUAUAUUUAAGCAUCAUGUCAUGCUUGCUGACGAAUUUUGUGGCGUGUCAAGUCUUCUGAGUUUACCUAUUUUCUUAGUUUUUGUGAUUUUGGCAUUUUUCUCUAGUUAUAGAGUAUUGCUUUCAGCAAGGGCUUUUCUCAUAUUGUGAAAUGAUUUGUUUAUGGAUGGUGCAAAGUGGAGUUGACCAUGUUUAGUUUUGUGGAGAAACGCUUUAGGUCCAUAAGCAAUGAUAACUUUUUUUAGUGACAAUAAAGACGGAGUUUUUCACUCUUUUUAUGAUGAA